UUAUGAAGAAGUACCCACUGUAUAUGUACAUGUAUAUUUCAGAAAACCUCGCCCAGGACGUAAAAUAUGAAGGUGUUGCUUCACAAAGUAACUCAUUCAGUAGAAACCGAUGGCCUGCUACCAAGGCAAUUGAUGGUUAUCUCGAAGAACACCUUGGUGCGGACACCUGUUGCAUCACGACUGCUCUUUACUAUAAGACGGCUUGGUGGAAGUUUUUCUCCAAUCAGUCUAUGAAUGUUGCAUAUUUGCAGAUCUUCUUAAGAAAAUACACAGUUGACCGUCAUACCGGCUUUUCAGUAUUUGUUUUCGAUGAUCCCCAGUAUAUACCCCCAUCCUCCAGUGGAGAGAGAGUAUUCAUCCAUGAUUCUACUACCUGCCCAAACAGAGUAGAAAAUAUAACAGUAAACCGAUUGACAAAAGGAAUAGCUAUAUUUAAUUCAAAAGAUCCUCCACUAAAUACAAACUGCACAGAAUAUGAGCCUUUAUUUGCUACCAUUGAAAUAUGCGAAGUAAGGAUCAUAGGUUGCAGAGCUGAAGCUUACGGGGAAGUUUGCAAGCCUUGUCCAUCAAUAUGUCCUAACACAGACUGUGAUGCUUUCAAUGGAUCAUGCAGAUAUCAAAACCUAAGUAGUGUUGUAGACAAUGGUAGUUCACAGACACCAAAGACUUUGAUGGUGAUUCCUCUCACUGCUUCAGUAUUUCUAAUAAUUGUAAUUACAAUAACCAUAGCUUUUGGAGUACGUCAAAAAAGAAACCAAAAGCACAAAGAGAGAAAUCAGGAAGACACCAAGACAGCCGGAAAAUUACAUUUCUAUGACAAAAUUAAAAAGACACAAGAAGAAAAUGUGUAUAGUAAAAUAAACCUUGCAGUGAAUGUUUCUGUUUAUGAAGAAAUAACAAUAUAAAAAUGAAUGAGGCCUAAAACGAAAAAAAAAAAAUUGCAGUUGCCGACCAACCCACUGAAAAUGCACACGACCGAAACUUU